AUCGAUAAAAAGGGGAGGGAGGAGGGAUUAAUUCAGUUUCUGUCCCUCGGCGGAAGAACUCCGGGAAAGGCUAGAGAUCGUUGGAGAAGUGGUAGGAGUGAAAGGUUCACCCCCGCCACCUUCGCCCUCCGGAUCUUUCCGCGCACUUGGCGGAACCCGCACCCGCGACCUCUGGAAGACGCGAAGGAGGUGGAGCCGUGGGCGGGACCUGCUGCACGGUCUGCGCGGCCCAGACACGGGAGGAGGCGGGGCUGCUGGGCAAGGAAUCGUUGGCGGAAGUGAGGAGCCGGAGCUGUGACUGAAACGGCGGAGGACAAGGAUACCUCAGGCGGGAUAGCCUCACCUCGCCUCACUAUGGUUCUCCUCGAGCUGCGCGAGCAGCCACCACUUGUCCAAGCUAUAUUUAAUGGAGAUCCUGAUGAAGUUCGUGCACUAAUUUUUAAAAAAGAAGAUGUCAAUUUUCAGGAUAAUGAAAAGCGGACCCCUUUACAUGCUGCUGCAUAUUUUGGAGAUGCAGAAAUUAUUGAGUUGCUUAUUUUAUCUGGAGCUAGAGUUAAUGCCAAAGACAACAAGUGGUUAUCUCCUUUACACCGAGCUGUUGCAACACGUAGUGAGGAUGCUGUUCAGGUGUUGUUGAAGCAUUCAGCUGAUGUCAAUGCCCGUGACAAAAACUGGCAAACACCAUUACACAUAGCAGCUACAAAGAAAGCUGUCAAGUGUGCAGAAGCUUUGGUGCCGCUACUUAGUAAUGUAAAUGUAUCAGAUCGUGCUGGUAGAACAGCAUUACACUAUGCAGCGUUGAGUGGACAAGUUCAGAUGGUCAAUUUAUUAUUGUCUAGAGGUGCCAAUAUCAAUGCAUUUGAUAAAAAAGAUAGACGGGCUAUCCACUGGGCAGCCUAUAUGGGUUAUAUUGAUGUGGUAAAACUGCUUGUAGCUCACGGAGCAGAAGUGACAUGUAAAGACAAGAAAUCAUAUACACCAUUACAUGCUGCAGCAUCUGCUGAUAUGAUUAAUGUAGUCAAGUACCUUCUUGAUCUUGGAGUUGAUAUCAAUGAACCAAAUGCAUAUGGUAAUACACCUCUUCAUAUUGCUUGCUUCAAUGGACAAGAUAUUGUAGUAAAUGAACUGAUAGACCGUGGUGCUAAUGUAAAUCAGAUGAAUAAGAAGGGAUUUACACCUUUACAUUUUGCUGCUACAUCAACUCAUGGAGCUUUAUGUUUAGAGGUCCUGGUUUGUAAUGGUGCAGAUGUAAAUGCGAAGAGUAAAGAUGGAAAAACACCAUUACAUAUGACAGCUAUUCAUGGAAGAUUUUCAAGAUCACAAACCAUUAUCCACAAUGGAGCGGAAAUAGACUGUGAAGAUAAAAAUGGGAAUACACCAUUACACAUAGCAGCUAGAUAUGGCCAUGAACUGCUCAUUAACACACUGAUUACAAGUGGUGCUGAUAUAGCAAAGCGGGGUAUACAUGGAAUGUUUCCUCUCCAUUUGGCAGCACUAAGUGGAUUUUCAGACUGUUGCAGAAAGCUGCUUUCAUCAGGCUUUGAAAUAGAUACUUCAGAUGACUUUGGCAGGACUUGCCUUCAUGCAGCUGCAGCUGGAGGAAAUUUGGAGUGCCUUAAUCUGUUGCUCAACACAGGUGCAGAUUUUAAUAAAAAAGACAAAUUUGGAAGAACUCCACUCCACUAUGCCGCUGCCAACUGUAAUUACAAGUGUCUGUUUGCCCUUGUGGGUUCUGGAGCUAGCGUAAAUGACCUUGAUGAAAGAGGUUGUACACCACUACAUUAUGCAGCUGCAUCAGACACUGAUGGAAAGUGCCUGAAAUACUUACUUCGAAAUGAUGCAAACCCAGGGAUUCGAGACAAGCAAGGUUACAAUGCCGUUCAUUAUGCUGCUGCUUACGGACAUCGUUUAUGCCUUGAAUUGAUUGCCAAUGAAACACCUUUAGAUGUUUUAAUGGAAACAUCAGGGUCUGACAUGCUGAAUGAUUCAGACAACAGAACACCGAUUAGUCCAUUGCAUUUAGCUGCCUAUCAUGGACAUCACCAAGCUUUGGAAGUAUUAGUGCAGUCUUUGUUGGAUCUUGAUGUCCGGAACAAUAAUGGAAGAACACCUUUGGAUCUUGCAGCUUUUAAGGGACAUGUUGAAUGUGUGGAUGUACUCAUUAAUCAGGGAGCCUCUAUCUUGGUAAAAGACUACAUUAUAAAGAGAACACCAAUACAUGCUGCUGCUACAAAUGGUCAUUCAGAAUGCUUGCGGUUGUUAAUUGGAAAUGCAGAACCACAGAAUGCUGUGGAUAUUCAAGAUGGAAAUGGACAAACCCCUUUGAUGUUGUCUGUUCUUAAUGGGCAUACAGAUUGUGUCUAUUCCCUGCUCAACAAAGGAGCAAAUGUAGAUGCCAAAGAUAAAUGGGGAAGAACAGCAUUACACAGAGGGGCAGUUACUGGGCAUGAGGAAUGCGUAGAAGCACUUCUUCAUCAUGGUGCAAAAUCCACAUUACGAGACUGCAGAGGACGUACACCUAUACAUUUAUCUGCUGCUUGUGGACAUAUUGGGGUAUUAGGAGCACUCUUACAAUCAUUGUCACCUGGGGAUAUGAUACCUGCUGACAAUCUCGGAUAUACAUCAUUACACUGGGCCUGUUACAAUGGUCAUGAUUACUGUGUGGAAUUUCUUUUGGAUCAGGAAGUUUUUCAGAAAAUGGAAGGCAAUUCUUUCAGUCCAUUACAUUGUGCAGUGAUAAAUGAUAACGAGGGUGCUGCUGAAAUGCUAAUUGAUAUACUGGGAUCAGAAAUUGUAAAUUCUACAGAUGCAAAGGCAAGAACUCCCCUACAUGCAGCAGCCUUUACAGAUCACGUAGAGUGUUUACAGCUUUUGCUUAGCCAUAAUGCACAAAUAAACUCUGUAGAUUCUUCUGGGAAGACACCUUUAAUGAUGGCUGCAGAAAAUGGGCAAACAAAUACAGUUGAGGUAUUGGUUAGCAGUGCUAAAGCUGAUCUGACUUUGCAAGAUAAGUGUAAAAACACUGCACUACAUCUGGCUUGCAGCAAGGGUCAUGAAACCAGUGCCUUGUUAAUAUUAGAGAAGAUUACAGAUAGAAAUCUGAUCAAUGCCACCAAUACAGCAUUGCAGACGCCGUUACAUGUUGCUGCACGAAAUGGAUUAACAGUUGUAGUUCAAGAACUUCUGGGGAAAGGAGCAAGUGUACUUGCAGUAGAUGAAAAUGGUUAUACACCAGCAUUGGCCUGUGCUCCAAAUAAAGAUGUGGCUGACUGCUUAGCUCUCAUUCUGGCUACAAUGAUGCCUGUUUCAUCAAGCAGCCAAAUACCUUCUCUUACAUUUAAUUCCAUUAAUCAUUAUACUAGCAGUUCAAAAACAGUUACCUUUGAUUCUUCACCAAUUACUCGAAGUGAACAUAGCUCUUACUGUAGUUUCAACAACAUUGGGAGGGAAGACGGCUAUUCAUAUACAGAAGAAGAUGAACUCAAUGACUCUGAUUCGGAAACCUAUUAAAAAGCUUCAUUAGAAGUCUGAAGAGUGAACUUACUUGCUGAAUUUCCAGUUUGUUAUUGGAGAAAAGUGUCUUGCUGAAUAUAAAAAAAGGACAACCCAAGGGAAAGAUUUCUUUAACAAAAGUAUGGGGAUACACGAAAAAUAUGACUCGAGAGAUUUUUUAAAAGCAGGUUAUGAAAGAAAUGGUUGGAAUCUAUGAUUGAAAAAAGUUAUCGAGAAUGUUAUUUAAUUGCAAUGUACUGGUUUUAAUGAAUAAUCCCAAUGGUGGUGCAUCAUUGUAUAACGAAAUAUGCAAUUAUACAACAAAAUGGACAAUACAUUCAAAUCUUAACUAUAAAAACUAAGAUCAUUUUUAAGGCAAUAAUUGAGUUUGGUACAGGAGGCAUUGUUUGUGCUACAAAUUGCCAAAGGACCAAAUAACUUAAGACUUUUUUUUAAAUUUAACAAACCGUUUAUGACAACACUUGAAUAGCUUAAACAAGUAAUAGUCUUAACCCUUAAAUUACAACUAGCAAUUAAUCUCAAAUUGGUUUUAACUGUUGAUUUGUCUUUAAUCAUCUGAUAGCCUUCCGACAAUAUUAAAUGUACCAUAGAAAUACAGCUUUUAAUUUGUUAAUACUUUUACGGUACUAAAGCUGUUACUAGCUGAACCAAGAAUUGUCAGGAUAAAAUGAAUACAAAUACAGCAAUGUAGUAAUCACUGCUCAGCUUUCUUUUAUUUAUCACAAAGAAAAAAAAGAGAGGGAUGCAAAGAGAGAGGGUGCACACAGACACACACACACACACAAAUACAGACUGGGGGAAGGUGGAUUCUCUGGGCAUGUCAAACUGCGUCAAAAAUAUAACUGCAAUAUCCUGGUAUUUUAUUAGGCUGCCUUAUAGAAUAUUGUUUCUUAAAUUCACCCAAUAUUUUACUUAAUUUAAUGAAUGAUAUUGGUGCCUCUAUGGUGUACAUAUAAUUAAAAAUGUUUUUUUUAAGGCUAUGAAUAUGACUGAACAGAAUAUAAUAAAAUACUUUUACCCUUUUACCAAAAAGGUACAAUGUCGGAUCUUGGAAACAUAAAGAAGUGGUUCAUUUUAUAAUUUUUCAAAUGAUGCUGAUCCUUCUGUUACAGUAAAAAACUUUUAUCUGUGUUGGUCUAAUUUAUAAUAGGCUCCUGUAAAAAAUAUAAACAUGAAAGAAUGGCAUUUUCCCCUCAUAUUGGUUUGUUAAAAUAGAACUUGUUAAAAUAGAACUUUAUUUGGUUCUGCUUUAAUUGAAAAAUUAAAUAGUAUAAUUAUUACUUGCUUUGGUUAUGUACAUGCAAGACUAUCUUGCAUGAUAAGUUAUAGCAAAUGGAUCCCUACCUUCUUUUAUCCUUUUUAUAUUGUGAAACUGGAAACCUUAAUACCAUUGUAAACUAUCAUCUUGUUUUCUGAACAUAGUGUGAAAACACAAGACAGUAUUUUGAUCUAUUUGAUAAUUUUGUGGGUUUUU